UUCUUGUUCAUCAUUCAUGUACACUCACAAUUGGUGGCAUGUUGUUGUUUGUUAUUUGGAAGGUCAUUCUCCAAUUAACAAAGUGCUAGAAGUCUAUGACCAUUAUAUCUGGAAAGAGUUACAAAGAAGUGAUGCCGAUUGUGGACAGGUUGACAAGCUAAAGAAGUCAGUGGAGGAUGAAAUUCAUUUUCUCAAGGGAAGGGUUUCAGAACUUGAAAGUGAUCUUGUGUCGAAGUCCACAGAAGUUAAAUUUGCAGUUUCAAGGAAAGAAGAAGCUCUAUCUUCUGCAUUUGCUGAAAUUGACCGUCUGAAGGAAGAAAAUUCUGUAAAAACAUGAGCAUUAUUGAAUGCAUAUGGAUGGUGUUUACUGUGUUGGAGUGUAUUUGUUUCUUGCACAUGAGGGCACGCCUUGUAAUUCUUAUGAUAGGUUGAGCAAAGUGAAGUGUUGUUUAUUUAGAAAUGUGAAUGUAGGAUGCAUUGUAUGAUUUGAUUGCUAUUUGUAAUAAAUGCAUUAUUUUUUUU